UGGGCCGGUGUGGGUGCAGGGAGACAGUCCCGUAUAAAAAGACCGGUUUCCGUCCCAGCUCGCGCAUCUUUCGCUGAUCGCAGUGUGGCGACUCCUCUGCAGUUUCUCCGUGCUAAAGUUUGCGUUCGCUCUGUGAUUUCUUCCAAACCGCUCUUUCCGUAGUAGGAAAUUCCUGUCCAUGGUUCUGACUGAAGCGUCCAAGAUGUCUCGAGCCGACGAGGUGCACCGUAUAACGGAGAACGUCUACAAGUCCAUCAUGGAGCAGUUCAACCCCUGCUUAAGGAACUUUGUUGCCAUGGGGAAGACGUAUGAGAAAGCUCUCUCCAGUGUGACAUUUGCAGCAAAAGGCUACUUCGACGCUCUGGUGCGGAUGGGUGAACUGGCCAGCGAGAGUCACGGCUCUAAGGACCUUGAAGAAGCUGCGUGGGACGUACUCUUUCAGAUGGCUGAGGUUCACCGACAGAUCCAGAUGCAGCUAGAGGACAUGCUGAAAUCGUUCCACAACGAAUUGCUCACCGAGCUGGAGAAGAAAGUGGAGCUGGAUGCACGGUACCUGAAUGCGGCUCUGAAGAAAUACCAGAUGGAGCACCGGAGCAAAGGCGAGAGCCUGGAGAAGUGUCAGGCCGAGCUGAAGAAGCUCCGGAGGAAGAGCCAGGGCAGCAAGAACCCCACCAAGUACGGAGACCGAGAGAUGCAGUAUGUGGAGGCCAUCAGCAACAAGCAGAGUGAACUGGACAGCCACAUCGCCGAGGGUUACAAAAGCGCUCUGUCUGAGGAGAGGAGGAGGUACUGCUUUCUGGUAGACCGACAGUGUGCUGUGGCCAAGAGCAGCAACAGCUACCACUCCAAGGGCAAAGACCUGCUGACCCAGAAGAUCCCGCUGUGGCAGCAGGCAUGUGUUGACCCUCACAAGCUCCCUGACCGAGCCACACUCCUCGCCCAGCAGAUGGGCUCUGUGCCAGGGGCACCACACCACACAUUCAAGUCCGGCCUGCACAUCUCGGAGCCCAUGCCUGGGGCCAAACCCCUACCUGUGUCCCCAGAGCUAGCAGCUCUCAUGAGCAGUCAACAGAGGAUGAUGGGAGCAGAGGGUGUUCCCAUAGUGAAUGGCACAGUAGGGGAGGACUACCAACACUGGGUGGAUGGCAAAGCCCAUGGCCCCUCCGCCUCAUCACAGGUUCAUCGUCACGGCAAUGAAAUCUACUCCAACACCCUGCCUGUCCGCAAGGUGGCACCUAUAAAGAGCAGAAGCACUCUGGCAGAGACCCAAACGCUGCCGAGGUCUAGCUCCAUGGUGGCCGGGCUGGAGAGGAACGGUCGGACCCGCGUGCAGGCCAUCUUCUCUCAUUCGGCCGGAGACAACAACACCCUGCUGAGUUUCAGUGAGGGCGAUGUCAUCACCCUCCUGGUGCCUGAGGCUCGCGACGGCUGGCACUAUGGCGAGAACGAGAAGAACAGGAUGCGAGGGUGGUUCCCCUUCUCCUACACCAGGGUGAUCCCUGAAACAGACAGUAACAAGCUGCAUGUCAGUUUGCAGCAUGGUCGGAGCUGCAGUACUGGGAACCUCCUGGAGAGGGAGCCAAUAACCCUGCCCUCCCCUGAUUAUGGAUCCUCCGCUCGGCUAAUGGCACACAGUGCGUCUUUGGGUAGACCAAGACCAUACAGUGUGGCAGUUCCAGGAUUCUCACAGCCAGGGCUAGAUGAGUAUGAGGCUCGCUUCCCAACAAGUAUGGGUCCUGAUUUUGCCCGCUUUUGAACGGGUAGUAGUUACGCAAGUGCCGUUUGCAUUUGGUCUUGAGAGACUUCUAGAUCCUUCACCACUUUCAUCUCCAGACACCAUCCCAGAAGCUCCACCCAUGGGUAAAGGUGUAAGCUACUCAUCACCAAGAACCUCUCCUCCAUGAUCCUCUGUUAGGAAUUUCUGUAUCUUAUGGACUGCAGAGUCAUUCACAGCUAUGGAUUGACACCGAGGGCCCUCGGAUGCUACACCUUGGCAAAGGCGAUAGACAUGCCCUAAUCAAGACUACAUCCGGAUCAUUCUUACAAUAGCAAAGCAUGGAGUGCUUCUAAUGAAACAUGUUCUUGUUUAUGAUUGAUAAACCCUGAAUAGAUUUGCAUGAUAAGAGAAUCAUGCAAGGACUGAACGACCUUAAAAACAUACUCAGUUAACAUAUUUGCCAAUCAUUUUCUUUCUUGUAUCAUUAUUUUUCUGAAGGCAUUUGCUAAAAAAAAAAAAAAAGUGAGACCGACCACAAGCCAGUAAGACUUGUCUAGUUAUAGUACAAUGCUAAACAAUAAUCAUUAUUUUUUCUUGGCUUUAUUUUACCAUAGAGUUUGCAGUAAUACUUAUGCAACAUUCUUCUUAUCUAAUGCAACAGAACAGAGGCACAAAAUUACAACUUUGGUGCUCUUAUGUCUUGAAUAAGCUUGAACAAAUGAACUGAAUUUAAUAUCUAUUAAGACAAGUGUUAUGCUUUUUAAGUCAUACUGAACAUUAGCAAUAAAUAAGGAUUUUUUAAUGUUUAGCAAUGAAAACUGGAGCACAAAUCAAAACUGGUGGUAAACACAUUUGUGAUUGUUGCAUAGGUUAUAAUUAAAAGUCUAUAAAACUGUCUAUGAAACUACAUGAGUAAUACAUUUAUUGGUAUAUUUCAUUAGCUAAAGAUUUUAAAUUGAAAUAUGAAAGAUUUUCUAUGUUUAUGUCUAUGUCUAUGGAACUAAGAGAAUGUGCUAACAUGCAUUAUAAAUGAAAGCAGGGGAUUGUUUUAUUGUUGUUUUUCUUUGAAGGGUUUUCCUUUUUGUCAGCUCUUUGUGAUUAUAUGUCCAUUCUAUUGGCACUCUCAUUCGUUUGUGGGAAUAUUUAUGCACUCCUGCUGUUUCGUGUAUAGAUAUUAGAGAUUUUCUGUGGUAUUUUCUACAGUUUUCUUACUCCUCAUGAAUGUCUCAUUGUCACAGUAAUUACACACAGUAAUCACAAGUAGCGAAGUCCUAUAAAUAAAGCAAUUAUAUCAAAUUC